AUGGUCGCAAAUCAACGCACCCCCACACCAGCGACUAGGCAAUUGUCGGUACAAACAAGUCACGAUGGAAAAGGAAUCGAAUUACAAACCCCAACCUCAACCUCCAGAUCAAAUCUCACUCCCCCAGUGACUCCGGUCGGCAAAGACGGCAAUACUGAACAUUCAAUCACAAGAUGGAAUGGCGAAACUCCCGCUCAAACAGCAUCUUUGCUCAAACGCAAUGUCUCUACCUCACUGCGCUUCCUCGACGACCUGAAGGUAGAUUACGACUCAAAUGACCGACCUAUUGAAUUCGGUCGCGGAGCAUGGAGCAUCGUCUACAAGGCCCGCGCAACACCAAGCGCAACAAUCGCCCUAAACACUCCACCCAGCUCACCUGUCGCCACAAGCUACAUCUACGCCGUCAAAGCGCCUGCACGCCGCGACGCACGCCCAGUUCUGCAAGCCGAGGCUCUCACACUAACACGCCUAAACAUGACACCCGGAUAUGAGCGCUACAUCAUUCCAUUCCACGGUUACCACUCCGAAACCGAAGCACUAGUCAUGUCCGCCAUUCCCCUAUCACUAUCAACAUACAUCGAAGACCAAGCAGAUUUCAUGCGGAACAAAGGUCCAUCAACCGCAACAAUGUUCGAUCCCAUUCAAGGGCCGGACUCAUGGCGCGAUCUCGCCCGAAAGCUUAUCAGCGGUUUGGAAUGGUUACACAAAAUUGCCGGACUCAUUCAUGGCGAUAUCAAGCCGCAUAAUAUCCUUCUCCGGCCCAUCCCGACCGAUGAGCCAAGUACUCCUUCGGAUGCAGACGCAUUUCCGUAUGAACCGCUUUUUGCGGACUUCUCCUCCGCUCUGGAUAUUCCGUCGCCCUCGUCGGAUCACUUGGCUCCUGUCCAGGAUGCGAGUCACACGUCCAUGUCGGCGUUUACGCCACCUUUCACGGCGCCAGAGCUUCUUUCGCUCGCGGCAUUGAAAUCGGGUGAAGUGGCAGCUACGCCCGCGUCGGAUGUUUUCUCGCUUGCCGCGACGCUUAUCGCUGCUGCUACUGGUGAUUUGUUGCUAUAUCCUGGUUCAAGUAAUAUGCAGCGGUUAGCGAUGGCGCGUGAGGGGCACCGGAUUUUGGAGUUUACUCGGUGUGGUACGAAUGGUUCGCGUCUUCCGCGGGCUGGGUUCGUGGAGAAGUUGCUACAGCCUGCUGUUGCCAAGGACCCGACGGGGCGGAUCGAUACAUCUGACUGGGUCACGAUGGCAUAUGCUUGA